AUGGCGUACAUAAACCCUCUUCAUCCCCCUGUCCCCAGUAGCGUUCACUCAUCAUACACUGCCCUUGCUGGUGCAUGCUCCGCGUAUCAACCUCCCUUCGCUCAAGCUUUGCCGCCCACCCACCGACGCCUGCCUCAGGCGCCAUCAUCGAAGGCGCCAACAUCUCGUCGUUCCCCUCCUUGUCCUGCUGUCACGUUUGACCUUUAUGGGGCUCCCUCGCAUGGUCUUGGCGUUCCCAUGUGUGAGCUGCUGGCUCGUUCGGGAGGUGCAUUGGAACGUAUGCUCGUCGGUGCGAAUGAUGGCGUCGGUGCUCAAAUGAGCGGAUCUUUUGGCUUUCGCAGAGUCAAUCUCAAGAUCUUGUGGCCGGGAUAUGAGCAUCUUGAUCGCACUUACCCCCUUGACAUCCAUACUCCAGCUGGUCCUCUCACCCGAGGGCCACUCGCCGUCCAAGUUGCACGUGCAUUCGCGCGCUUCAUCGAGGAACUGCAAGGUUACUCCCCUGCACAGCACGGCGCCAGUUGGCGCUUCGGAAAUGGUGGAAUUGGUUUUAAUCGCCUCAUGCUUUCGGCGCUUUGGAACGUCCACGAUGAUGUAUGGUUGGCUGAGGUCAUCGUCGACUUUCGUUAA